AUGUCUUACAACGACAACGACCGCUCCUACGGCUCGGGAGGUAACGACUCCUACGGCUCGUCUAACAAUGAUUCGUAUGGUUCCUCGGGCCGCAACAACGACUCGUACGGAUCUUCCAACAACAACAGCGACUCGUAUGGCAGCUCCAAUAAUGAUUCUUACGGAUCGUCUGGACGCAACAAUGACUCCUACGGUUCUUCCUCGAACAACAACAACGACUCCUACGGCUCCUCCAACAAGAGUGACUCGUAUGGUAGCUCCAACAAGAACAGUGGCUCUUACGGAAGCUCCAACAACGACUCCUACGGUUCUUCCUCGAACAACAACAACGACUCGUACGGAAGCUCCAACAAGAAGGACACCUACGGCAGCUCCAACAAUGAUUCCUACGGUUCCUCCAACAUGACUCUUACCGAGUCUUCCAACAAGAAGGACACCUACGGUAGCUCCAACAACGAUUCCUACGGUUCCUCCAACAAUGACUCUUACGGGUCUUCCAACAAGAAGGACACCUACGGUAGCUCCAACAACGACUCCUACGGUUCCUCCAACAACGACUCCUACGGUUCCUCCAACAAGAAGGACACCUACGGUAGCUCCAACAACGACUCCUACGGUUCCUCCAACAAUGACUCCUACGGUUCCUCCAACAAGAAGGACUCCUACGGUUCCUCCAACAACGACUCCUACGGUAGCUCCAACAAUGACUCCUACGGUUCGUCCAACAAGAAGGACACCUACGGUAGCUCCAACAACGACUCCUACGGUUCCUCCAACAAUGACUCUUACGGAUCUUCCAACAACGACUCCUACGGCUCCUCCAAGAAUGACUCGUACGGUGGAUCCUCGUACGACAACGACAACGACAACUCCUACGGUUCGUCGGGCCGAAACAACAACUCUUCCAACCGAGGCGGUGACAGCACCCUUGGAAAGGUCCUGGAGAAGGCUGGUGACUUGUUGAACAACAGCUCUCUGCAGGAGCGUGGCGCUGAGCGUCGGGAGAAGAAGCGUGAUGACGACUAUUAA